AUGUAUUCAUACUCUUAUAAAGUAAUAAAGCGACGUCUUAUUCGACAGGCAAGGCGACAGUCACUUCAUCAUGCCCUUGCCUCUCCCAAAAGCUCUACAGAUGACUAUUCAACUGACGAAAAUCCCGAAUCAACAAAUAUGGAAGUGUACUCGUUAAAAUCCAGAGAUAAUAGUGAUAUUCCAUACUCCUCAUCUACUGAUCAGAUUGACGAGGAUAACUGGAUAAGUGAUGAUGAAUGUCAAGAAGAGAAGCGGCCAAUUUACACUGGUUCCUCAAUAAUGCUCAGUUCUGCUGUCCGCCUAAUUAAUGACUUUUAUUUAAAUAACAAUCUUGAUAAACAAACAGUAAACAAUCUACUUCGAUUAAUCAAAUCGUUAUUACCACAGCCGAAUUUAUUACCGCCCACAUGGAAAGGCAUAAACAAGUUGCUCCAUUAUACUCCAUUAACAUCAACUACUUUUCUUUGUGGCGAUUGUUAUGAAGCGUGUGAAACGUCGGGUUCGUCUAGCAAAAAAUGCUUUAAUCCACGUUGCAAAACAUCGAAAGAACAAAAUACUCCUGAAAUCGUUGAAAUUGUCCGAUUCGACAUACGCGCACAAAUCCAAUCAAUUAUGAAUCGAAAUAUAUCACUUUUAAAUCAAUCGCAUCUUUUCCCGCUUAGUGAUAUAUGUUUCGGCGAACAAUAUCAAGAAGUUAAGAAUAACAACAAUAGAAUUACUCUCGUUGUUCAUUCAGAUGGUGCACCGCUCGUUCGCUCAUCAAAGAAAUCCAUCUGGCCUUGUUUCGCAUCAAUCAGCGAAUUACCUCCACCUGUUCGAGAAUUUCAAAAAAACAUAAUUAUUUUAGCAAUUUGGACGUCAAGAAAAAAGCCAAAUGUUAAUAUUUUCUUAGAGCAGACCAUAGAUGAUCUCAUAUGCUUAAAAAAGAAUGGAACAUCAAUCUUUAUUGCAAACAGUGAAUAUCAAAUUCAACUUGCUACCCAAUUUUUCGUUUCGGAUUUACCAGCAAAAGCUCUCUUUUGCUGUACAACGAACUUCAAUGGAUAUUCUGCAUGCACAUACUGUGCUAGUAGAGGAAUAUGGAGUGCCGAAUACAAUAAAGUUCUUUAUCCAUAUGCGAAUAACGAUCUCACAACUCGCACACACAGUGGUUACUUAAAAGCAGCUCAAGAAGCUUUACAUAAAUCAAACGGUAAGAAAGAAGUUGCUGUCGAUGGUAUUAAAGGUCUUUCGUCUUUGCUUCAAAUAUUUAACUAUCCUAAACAGAUAAUCUAUGACUUCAUGCAUCUCGUCUGCUUGGGUCACAUUCCUUACGUGAUUAAUCGAUGGUGUCUAAAUAUGGGUAAAGAAACAAUAUUGGAAAUCGAUAACGAUCUUCGACAGCUACGCAUUCCACACAACAUGAGAGUUGUUUUUCUUGAAUCGUUUAAAAUGGCCUCACAAUGGAAAGCAAAAAACUCUCGCCUUUUCGUACUUCACGUCGGAGUACCCGUGUUGGUUAAUCGUCUACCGAUUCUUCUGUUCUCUCACUUUAUUGUUUACUCAUUAGCAAUCAAACUCCUGCAUGCACCUACAACCAAGGCAGAGAUUUCGUUGGCUGAGCGUCUACUUCAUUUUUACUGCCGUACAGCAUCAAAUGUCUAUGAUAGAUCGAUUGAAAUAUUUUCACUGCACGCUCAUAUUCAUCUACCAUAUCAAGUUCGUCAACAUGGUGGUUUAGCACACAUGUCAGCUUUUGCUUUCGAAUCAGCUAUUCGGUACAUCCAGAAAAAAGCUCAUGGAUAUACUAAUUUGGCUUCCCAAAUCGGUUAUUGGAUUGACAUUCAACGUGCCACCCAAUCGCAUGUAUUUGAUUUACCUAGACCUCAUCUUAUAGACAAGUUACAUGGAAAUGAUCCGACAGUGCUUCGAUAUUUAUCGAUUAUCCAACAGUUACUACCUACUACCACUUCUGUUGAUAUUCAAACAGUAUGCUUUUACAAACGUUAUAAAUCAAUGUUCGUUACGUAUCAUACUUCUCUGUAUGACCUUCCAUUCAAUUCCAAUAGCCAUGUUAUAUCUUUCGUUGAGACUGCGGAGUCGAAUGUAGUUCAAUAUGCAAAUGUUAUUUUAUUUAUUUCUCAAAAUGAUAAAGAUUUAGUUUUUGUCCAAAAAUAUUUGUCGGCCCAGAGGCAAAUAUCAAGUUAUGUAGAGCUCCCAAAUGAAUUACAUGAUCCAAUCAACAGAUAUUUUCCUAUCUUAUCUCUGUCCAACAAUUUUGGUAUUAUUCCAGUAUCCAAUAUUCGUCACAAGUGUAUUGCAGUUCCUGUAUCCAAGUCAUUUUCAGUCGUCAAAUCGAAACAGUGUGCAUCAGCAGACGUAGAUGGAUGCGUUAUGGUUCAAUCAGGAGGUAAAAAGUACAUGGGCUUUAUAUUUGAGACAGGUACAUUUGAAAAAUGUAGUAAAGCUGCUGAUUUAUUGUCGCAAAAACAGCAUGAAGACAUCGAAAGUGAUUAUGAACGAAAAGAAAAGUCCUCGAAUGUCAAUGAUUCCAAACCAUCUGAGGCAAAAACAUUUACUACAUUGAAGGAUGUACCAUUUUCUAUCGACCCAGUUCCAAACAAUUUUGAUCAAUUUUCAUGUGAACCUCCUGUACUUAAUUCAAACGACACAAACGUUUCAACACCUAUUCGACCGCAGAAAGCUGUGGAUAAUUCACGGAAAACUGCAGCAAUUUCCACCACACCGAUGGCUUCAAUUGUUGCGGAAACCAAUUCUUCGGCGGUGAUUGGAAAGAAUUCAAAUCGCGAAUCAAUAAGAAACUCACCAGAUUCACCGUUGGCUGCCAAUUCUCGCAAGAGGACUUUCGACGACUCUUCUCCUUCGCCGCCAUCCAGAAGUAAAAAGAAGAAAUCAAAGAAAGGACGAGAGUCACAUAUCACCUCAUCUGAAUCUGAAUCUGAUUAUAAUGGUAUCACAAAAACAGUCGAUGAAAUAAGAACGCCUAUUUUCAAUGGUCGUCGUUUAAUCACGCCUGCUGCUGCGAGUUCACCCAUCGCGAACUCAAUUGAUAAAGAUUCUUUAUUAAGAGCGAUAGAAACCAAAUACUUAACACCCUUAUUAGUUGGUCAAGAGCGUUUGGAAAAAAUGAUGAAGUCUUUGUACAAAAACCAAGUGGAAAUACAAAAGGCUUUGAAGAAAAGACAGAUGCUUGUUUCGAUAGAAGAGCCUGGUACUCCAGGUGAAAAUGGCACAGAUUUUUCGUCGACAUUGUCCUACAAGACACAUGCAACUGAUAAAUCAAUUGAUUUACUCAAAAUCCCAGGAACAAAAGAAAAAGCUAAUUUGUACGUUACAAACCUGAUCCAGAUUAUGUAUACGAUGGAUGAGUUAGCUGAGUUACAGCCGGCUGAUACUUAUGAGGAUUACAGAUACCAAUUAAUUAAAGAAGCCGUUCGAUCCAAAUUUAGAUUGAAUGGCGAUCAACUUGAACAAAUGUUUACAGAUUGGUUACGUGAAGUCUUUUUGGCAAAGAGACGGGUGGCAGUUUCGAAGCUCAAACGUUCACAGCAAAGCGAAUAG